AUGGAGUUGUCAUAUUUUACUCAAGAUCCAGAAUUGCGAAGAAAGUGGAUCAUUAUUACGAAGCGGAAAGACUUUGUUCACUCUAAAUACACUAAACUGUGUUACAAACCUUUUCAGCAGGGUGCUUCCCAAGUAAGGCCCAAUGCUUCACAGCCUCUGUUGAAUCUAAAUGCUGCUCCUUCUAUAUUUGAUUUUCCUGAAUAUGUGGGAAGCAGUAAGGAUGGUGUUGUCGCGCCGCCGAACGAAUUGGCCCGCAUCCACGCUCCCGGCUGGCCGGGCGGCGACGCCCUUCCGCUCCACGGCGGCGGCGGCGCAGCGCUGGAAAUAGAUCCGCGCGCAGCGACGAGAGGCGCUGGACGGCCCGGCGCUUCUCCGCAGCUGCGCUGGCCAAUUCAACCCAUGCGCCUCCUGGCCACCUUCCCCACCGCCGCUGCACCGCCUACGCGACGUGGAGCCAUUGCCAUCGACAUCGUCAUCUCUCCGCAUCUAUCACUUUGGCCGCUGCAAUUCCCGGCUACGCCGUCCUAG